GCUUUUCCGCGGCUACUUAUCCCGAAGCCUCCCUUAGAGCCUGAGCUCCCGCUUCCACCCCCCCGCCCGGCCUUGCUGCGCACGCGCGGAACCGCCCUCCUCUCUGCCCGCGAGUCUCGCGAGAAGCCGGGAUUUAUUCCUACGUGCUGUGCCGUGCUGCUCAUGGCGGCGCUGGAGCGGGGGCGCUGAGCUGUUGGGGUAAGUGAGGUUGUCCCUGCCGGGAGGCCGGCAGCCUCCUCUGCCCGCCCGGCGCGACCUUGACGGUGGCGGGCAGGGAGAGCCGAGGGGGCUUGGAAUGUCGCCUGUCACUCUGUCCCAGGGACCAACGGUCUAGCGCGGGGGGAACCCCUCCCCCACCCGCCGUGUGCCCUGCUCGUUUGACAGACGGGCGCAAAGAGGCGGGGGGGGCGGGAAGGGAGGGAGAAGCGAGAGAAAGGGAACCUUGCUGGGCCGAGCGGGCUCCCUCGCUCUCUUCUCUCCCCAGCUUCCGUUUGUCUCCAGGCAGGGGCCUAAAGAGAGGGAGGGAAAGGGAGCGGACUGGUGGGCCCGAACCCCGACAUCACUACGGCUCCCAAUGUGCACCGCGCGACUGGCCUCCCCUCGCAGGGGCCGCUGGGGCUUGGAGUUCAGGGGCGCGGUGCUCUGGGCGGCCGCGGCGAUGGAAAGCACUCCAACUCCCGGCGCGGCGGCUGUAAGCUGCGCGGCCACUGGGCCUUCUGGGGGGUGGAGUCCUGGCACCUCGUCUUCGGCGGAGCGGAGUGGGAGACGGGAACUACCUCUCCCGGCAUGCAGCGUGCGGGUGCGGGGAGGGGAAGAGGAGGUCAAUCUUCCUUUGUGUGAGGGGGAGCGGUCGCCAUUUUCCUUCUCUCCCUCGCUCUACCCCCACCGCGCCCCAGCCUCGAGAGAGGGGCAGAUAGUGGACACGCCCCAGGCGCCUGAGGGGAAGAACGUGCCCGUCGGUGUAACCGGCCGGAGGGGCGCCCAGGGCUGGAUUCCGGCCUUGGCUCGCCCCCAGGCGCCGCAGGGCUGGGGCUUUGGGUUUCCGCAUCUUUUCCUUUUCGGAUGCGGACCCCCGCCCCGCAAGCGUUAGAUCGCCCCUCAGUAGUAGGAGCCACCAUCUUGCUGCCUCAGUGCCAUGUGCUGUGGCUUUCUUUAAUGUGAUGCUGCGGCACAGGGUGGAAUGGCCACCCGUAGCUCCUUUCGCUCAUGUGGGCAGCGGUAACGAAGCUGAGGAAACAGACGAUUGUCUGGCACCGCUCUGCGGGCGUCAGAAAUCCGUUUUGAGUGCUAACCCUACAACUAGGCAAUUCAAUUCAUUUGCUGCAAUAUAGAACUAUAAAGCCAUUGUAAUCGCGCAUUCAGAUCUCUCAGCAAUAUUUUGAGGCUUUCUUCAAUUAUUAUUACAUGCUGCCUAACCAACAUAUUCGCCCUUUAGGUUAUAAGCUUUAAAUAUGGGUGCAGUCUGAUCCGUAAGCCCCCUUUAAGAAUAAAGCCUUCUUAAUUCUAUUGAUGCCUUUGAUUUGCUGGUGACUUUGUCUCCAAACGAUGACUAUUUGCUGAUUUACUCAGUGGGAAAGGGGUAUAUAACAAUACUGAAUUCAUAAAAGCGAUAUUGAAUUGCAGUGCACUCCUGUGUGCAUAAUACACACACACACUCUUGGGAGUAAACCCACUAAAUUUGGUGGUCCUUUAUCCUAAGUUGCAUGGUUACAGCUGAAACCCAUACAUGUCUGUUCAAUAGGAUUUGCACUCAAAAAUUAUGUUUAGGAUUGCAUUCAGCCUCCUGUAUAAUUUCCUUUAAUUACUGCUAUCUCUUAAUUGCAUGUGGAUUCUUCUGAUCUUGAUUAUCAAUAUUAUAUUUAGCUGAUACCAAACAAUGUUUUCAAAGACAAAACUCUUUGGUAGAUGUCUCUGGAAACAUGUAGCAAUGCCUUGUUAGUGUUGCAAUCUAAAUAUGGCUGCCACAGCUUACAUCAGCUGUGUAGACAAUGUACAGAAAACUUGACUCAUGUCAACAAAGUACAAAAAAUCAAAGAUCACUUAAGUCAUAAGGGGGGAAUACAAUUGAACUUGCUUUUUACUGUGCCUAACUUGAGCUAAUCCUUUGUGGAUUUAUGUGUUAUCCCAGAGUCUGCUGCAUUGGAGGCUUGGCAGCUGCACUGGGUGUUUGCCAUUGGGAGGAGUAUUUAUAGCAGCUGAGCUGAAAAGUAAAGAAUUUAAAGCACAGACAUGCACACUACUGAUUUCACUGAACUACAGUCCAAUGCUUCACAACAUGGGAGGAUCAACAUAUUUUGCCACCAAGUACAGAGAAUAGUUAGGUUUAAACUGAUUUAGAAGCAAGCCCUUCUGAGCUUGGGAGUUCUGUGUAAAAUAUGCAUAGGAAUUAAGACUACAUUCAGUGGAAUGGGCACUCUUAAGCAUGCUUGUAUUGAAGUAAUAACUUUGUUUUAGUUGAAUUUAAUGUCAAGGAUGUGCUUAGUAGUACAGCAUAACAGCAUUCUAGAUUACACCAGCUAAGCUAACCUGGUUCUAUUCUUACAAAAAUGUUCAAUUUUCUUAUCCUGCAUGCUGACCUUCCUACUUUGAUUGGCUAGGAGAGAUUUGGGAUGUUCCUUUUUGCCUUACUAAGUUUCUUGGUCUGUUUUUAACUGUGCUAACUGUACAGCAACAAUAAUAUAUGGAAACACUUACUAUUCAAGAGAUGUUGUCUUUCCUCCAUGAUAUGUUGUCUUUCCCCAAAACAUUGUGGGUUAGGAAAGACUACAGAAGUAUAAAAACAAAGAUGUGGGGUUUUUGGUUUUUUUAAACAACUAUUUACUCAUGUUCUCUAGCACUUUCUGCUCAUUCCCCUCUCAAGAUCACAAUCCCUUUUCACUCUCCUUCCCUUUAUGUUAGCUGGCUCAGCUGUUGCACAGCAUCAUUCUGCAUUCCAUGUCCAGUGAAGUUUGGAUGCUGGAAAAAAUUAUCACUAGGGCCAGAUUUAUCUAUCCGUUACUGCAUCCUGACUCUAUCAUAUAGGAAAAGAAAUAUGUAGCCCCUUCAUUAAUGAGAAAAUACAUUACAUAGAUGCUAUUGAUUAUUUAUUAUUAGUGUAUUAUAAAAGACAAAGUAAUAAAAGCUAGUUAAAAACCAUAGUUAAAAUACAACAAAACAUAUGUCUAGAGACAAUGAAUGAAACAAACACUAAUAGAUUACUGCUGGAUAAGUGUUUAAUGGUUAUUGUAUUUGUUUAAAAACCAAUUAAAAAUUGUGUGGUUUGGUUUUAAAAAAACACACUCAUUAAGACCAGCAGUAAAAUACAGUUUGCCAUGGCAGUGGCCCAGUGGUCAGUAUUGUCUGCACCUUAGUUUUCAAAGUCCUGUUUGAAUAGGAAAGUCCUGGCCUGCCAGCGGAAGAGGAAGCCAGUCUAACUUCUCUUGGGUGGGAAUCCCAUAAUAUGGAAGCAGGCACAGAAAAGGCUCUCUUAUGUCUCCACCAACCAUGUUGAUGGAACUGAGAGAAGGUGUACACCUGAGGUUCUUAGCACCCAGGCAGGUGUGUGUGUGUGUGUGUGGAAUGUACUGUUUCUUCCUAGUGCAUUGGGUUUGGAAACAAAUUCAAAUACACAACUUAAAAUAUAACUUUUGCAUUUGUCUUCUGCUAUAACUGGCAGGCUCAGGAUGAAAAACAAAUGAAAACAAAAAUAUACUUGCAUGUUUCAACUCUUAAAUCUUUUAGCAGUGUUCUUUGGUAUUGGCCCAGAUAAACUGCAGGGAUUGGUUUGGACAAGCAGUUUACAGCAAAUUUUUGUGCUACCUGCGUAGUUAUGCUUGUUGUUGAUAUUAUAUAAUAGCUUUAAAUAUUACAAAUUAUUGUACUUUUACGUUAGAGCAUGAUAAUAUCAACAUUUUUAGAUUACCAUACUGCUUUCCUAGAAAGCAAGUAAAAGUUCAUUUAGGAAAGAAAUAGACAUUUCACAUAUGCUUUUGCAUAUCUGUGGCGAUUCGUGUUUGUCUCUGAUCUCUGUUCCUGAAGCAACAGGAGUUUAUAUUCUAGUUGUGAAAAUGUUCAUGACUCAAAUACAUGCUUAUAAACGUAUUGAAAAUGGUUAAGAAGGCAUGAUUAGUAUAUAAGCAUUAGAAUUUACUAGUAAUUUCUGAGAUUCUAACCAGAUGUUAUGUUCAGUGCAAUUUAGGAUUUGAGCUUAGUAAAAAGGUAGAAGCUUUUUUCAAGCAUUAGUAAAACUUUGGAGUUGUGAGAAAGAUCUGCUCAGAAGGUUGGGAUCACAUCUGUUAAGUGUCCAAAAUGUCUAAAAGUUGUGGCAUAAUAGACUUCUUAUUUGUUUGUUUUCUCUCCAGUAUGAAGUGUAACAGAACAGAAUUUACCACCUGAAACUGCUGCUUCAAGUUCAGAUCAGGAAAGGAACACAUCACAUCGUAACAACAAAACAAGACCAAAGAAGAGUAAAAUUUACACUGAAGACACAACACUUGAUCUGAAACAAGAAGUUUGUGCCUACUCAACAGCUUCAAAAGAGCACGUCCCAACGCUGCUAGUAGUCUUUGUUUUCUUCAGUGCUGUGCUGAAACUGCCCAGUGCAGCACCAGUUAUUCCUUAUUAGCUUGAUAGAUCACUUGUCUCUUGCUAUCUCUUUUUUUUAACAAUAGCAAUCUUCAAACUUUGAAACGUGUGCUGAAACGAAGAAUUCGCGAAUACUACUGAAAGUGCAAUAUUAGAAUAUCACUGCGAGGUUGGUGCAUGUACUCGUUAAAACAGUAAUAGAUACUGGAAUUAAACUACUGUUUGACAUGAGUUUAAAUAAUGCUUUUAUUUAAAUCCUGACUGCCUUCAUUUGGUCAGAAUAUCAAAAGCAGAGCUAACAUCUGGCUGUGGUGCUUAUGUUUUUAAAUGAUUCGAGUUCAUCAGUAUUGCCAUUUGGUUAUAUUUGCUGAGCUAACUGUGGAAUGCAAUCUUAUCAUUGUAGCUAUUUCAUUAAGCUUUCUGCUACUAUUUUCUAGUUUCUCCCUUUUGAAAUCAGUUUACUCUAAUGCUAUAAGUCUGGAUCUCAAACUUUCUCCAUAUCCUUCUCCCAAUUACUAGUAUCGGUCAGUGAGUCUCCAUUUCAUAAGCUGAUAGGUUUAAAUGUUAAUUGUCUGCUAUAAGGACAGCUGAAUUAAUAGUAACCAUGAGUUCAGUUAGCAUCCAGCUUCUGCUCUCCAUUUCAGAACCCCUCUUGAGGUAAAAUAAAGCUAUUAAAUGCUUCCUUAACUAGCACAUCAAUCCCUUCUUGUCUUAAUAUGUUAGGAGGCUGCCAGAAUGGCAGCUUUUUAUGACACUGGAUAAGUGGCAGAUAUACAUUGACAAGGUUGUCUUGUUUGAUUUUGUUAUAUGCAGCAUUAUAAAAUUAAGUUGAAACAGGCGUAAAAAUAUGGCAAGCACCUGGAAAGAAUUUGUUGAAUUUUCCAUGCCGUCUUCUCCCCCUACUGCAUACGUUAGUGCCAACCUGGGCAAUGCAUCUCCAGUCGGACUGAAUUUAUCACCUUAUGGCCAAUCAGUAAGUUCUUUUGCCAUACUAGCAAUAUUCUUAAGGGUAAAGCCAAGCUAGCUCAGAUGGUGUGAUGCAACAACCUCCUUUGAGCAAAAAAAAUGUGGCCAGUUUGCAGAUUACUAGCAGAAACGUCUGCUCAUUUUGGAACCUCUUAUUAAACAAAGCAUCCUAUAACCCUGCCAGAGUGCAGUGAGCAGGCUAAAACACUCUUAAUUUGACAGUUUAAGUUUGAAAAUCAUUUCACACUCACCCCUCAUUCCCAACCAUUCUUUUCAUUGGUCAUUGUACCAGGCCUAGUUCCUGUUUCAGGGCAAUUGGUUACCUCUCCAGCUGUUUAAAAUCAAAACUACCCUAAUACUUAGAUAAUUUUGGGUUUCUUUUGUUAUUUCUCUGGAAAACCCCAAAACAGAGUGAUCCAAAGCUUCCUUCAAAUGGCCAAAAGUAGUCGAUUCAAAUUUUGAGCCUUUUUGAAAAUGAGCAGAGUAUACAUCUGCCAAAUUUUCUUGUCUGUGACAACUCAAUGUCUAGCUGGAAUACGGUUGAUAGCUAGUUAGUUGAAACAUGUCCAUCCUCAGCCUUUACUAGCAUGGAAAUUUUUCAGGGGUUCUCCCCAAAAGCCUUUAAGAUUGGCAGCGAACUACUAAGUUUAAAAGUUUAUGUCCUUGAGAGACAAUGUGUUUGUUCUCAUGUCUAGCAUAGUUAAAUGCUGGGGAAGGGGCUCUCUUCAAUCCUCUAAAGACUUGAUUAUUAUUCAAUAAUGAAAUGGAAGAGUAGUUGUGAUGCCAUAAAGCAUAAUUAGGCAAAAUUCUCAAGCCUCAAGAUCGUAUUUCAAAAUGAUUGAGGGCUGCCAAUCCCUGGCAGCUUCAGUUAAAAAGCCCUUUCAACAGGGCUGAGAAAGACCUUUGUUUUAAAUAACAUUCAGCAGCUGCUGAUCAGUAGCACUGAGCUAUAUGGACUAAUAUUCUGAUACUUUAUAAGGCAAAUAAUAUUCUUAAAAUAAGAAAAAAAUCCAGAAAAAAAGCUUCUAAAAUAUCUUGUUCGUUGCCCUAAAAACCCUGAAAAUGACUGCUACUGUACAUCAGUGUAGGAAUUUCUUUCCUGCAUUAUGGAGUUGACAUAGUAAACAGUAAACCAGCAACUGUUCAUGAAUACAAUACUGGUGCAACAUGCUCUGUAGAAUAGAGGCUGUAAAUUGUUGCUGGAGCAAUUUCACUUCAGUUCAUCUCUGUGCCAUACAGUUGAUGUUUGCUUAAAUUUAUUAAAUAAAGGUUGAGGAGAACUGAGACCAGCUGUUAUCUUGCUGCCAAUGUUCCUGGUGUCCUAAAUUUAGUUAAUGACCAGUUUUGAAGUGCUCAUUACUUGAAAUUCAGGUACUAGUCUCUCUUCUCCAAAUCAUGAGAAGGAAAGAAAGACUUCUCCUGAACCCUUAGGGUUAAUGAGCACAGAUAACAUAGUGUUAUCUGUGUAAAAUUCCAGUUUUUGAAUUGUUACUGUGUGAAUGUACUCUCUAGAACCUAUGUAACAAGCAGUUUUUCUGUGUCUCAUUAAUAGUGCCAGUUCUUCUUCUAUCCCUUUCAGAUGGGAAAAUAUAAAAUGCUAUUAUAAUUCUAUCUGGACAUACUGUUUGCUGCAGUGCAAGAACAUGCAACAUGUUCCAACUCUUAGCUCAAUUCAUUACUCAGUUAUUUCAAAUGACACUUCUCCCUUGUGAGUACUUUUGUGUAAGAGCUGGUCAGAGUUCUGGUAGUAUGAGCAAAGCAGAACAUUGUUGGAGAGGAAUUGACCUAGAAAUAGUGCUUGCUAAUACUAUUUAUACUGUAAUCCUAUUUUUAAAAAAGAAAUUUGGAUUGAUUGCUUUCGACUUCCAGCUCUCUUGAGAAAUGGAAUUUGAUAAUUACUUGGAUGUGUUUAAAGAUGUGCUAACUAUUGACUAGUUAUACUGUGUACUAUGUUAUCACAGCUGUAUGAGAUGGAGAACCAUUAUACUGUGUCAUCAGAUCCUCUCCCCCCUCCUGCAGCUCCCCCUCCUUCUCAUCCUUUACCUUUCUCUUCAUCUUCUACUUCAUCCGGGUCUAAAAAACAGAAGAGGACCCCUCUUUAUCAGAGAUCUGUAAGUCAGGGCAACUUGACAGACAUGGAAUCUUAGCAUCGGGAUCCUUUGCAGUUAACUCAUCUCUGUAUAUGUUCUCACUUCUAACUUCACUGAUAUUAAAUCUCCUCAACAGGUUAAAGGAUAAAAUUCCACUUGAACCAGCUGGAAAUCUUGCUGGGUUCUUAAAAGGUGCUUUCCUGUAUCUGUUUCAGAAACUUAAUGAAAGCUUGGUCAUGUGUGUGUAUGUGUUGCAACUUCAUUUUAUUCAUUCUGAUAAGUUGAUUGAAUGUAUCUUGCCCACUUAGAUUUAUUUUCCUAAUUCUUCGAAAGAAUGAUGGCAUAGAUAAUAUAAAUUCUACUUGACACACUUGUAAUAGGAAACAGUUUAUAGCAAGCACCUUCUCCAGAUGCAUUAAUUUCUAAGUAGGGAGUUGUUGCAUCUUAUGUUGCCAAAAAAUGAGUUGCAGUAUAUCUUAGUGCUUUUUGGUUGGCAUGUGUACAAGGGAUUUCUGUACUUGUUUCUUUGCAAGAAGAGAAAUGACCACUAUUCUGUAUUUCAUAAUGUUAUCUUAGUGCCUGUACUAGUUGACAAAAAACCAAAGCCUCUUUCAGCCCAAUCCUAUACUCAGAAAUCCCACUGAGUUCAGUGGACCUUGCUCCUAAGUAAUUGUCCAUAGGAGGAUUGCCCACAUGCAUCUCCAAAAGCUAUAUGUGGGCUUAGAAUCUGGCAUUGUCCUUGGUGGGUAGGUCAACUCUGAUUAAUAAUGAUGACAGCAAAGGGCAUUAUUUCCAGCAUAAUGAGUAAGGAUCUGUUUGGUUAUAACUGUGCAGUUAGUCUAGUGUUUUUAGAGCUUCUUACACAUGGAACUUUUGUACACUUAAUGGCUCCUUGGAGUUGCAGGAAUUUUUGGUUUGCUUUCUUAAACAGAUACACAGGAAACUGCAACAUAUCUGUAAAAUAUAUGGUCUCAAAAUGCAUGAUUUUGGCAAUUUCUUGCCUUGAGCCCUUUGACUUGCAUGAUAUGUUCACUGAUUCUUCUAACAGCAAAAGUUAAAUGAUACCCUAAUACUAACUUAUCUCUGGAUUUGAUUUAACUUAAGAUAGCAAAAUUGUUUUUAAAGCAUAUUUAUAUCUAUGUGUUUCUAGAAGAUUAAUGAGAAUUCAGCAGGGCAGUUUUCCCUGUUUUCUGGCAUUAACCAAUGCAUUUAUGGAUAGAGAAGGAGCAUUUAAGCUGAAGGAGUACAGCAAAGAAUUAUGAAAGUUCAUAAGAUAUUAGGCCUCCAGUUCAACAAGGGUAGGGUAGGUGCUAAUGGAAAUUGCCUUAAGAUUAGUAAGCUUUUGUCUUUGCUUUCUUGGUAGCCUUCUUUGGCAAAGGCAAGUUUAUACUAAUGACUAAUUUUGAAUAAAGUAUUAACUUUAUUCUGUAUAUAAUGGGAAAAUAUAAUGCUAUAUUUGCUAUAUUAACCGCAUAUAGAUAAAUCCUACAAGGUAAAUGUGGUUUCGUUACUGAUGGAUCUCAGCUAGACAAAUAGUGUACACAAGCUGUGCCUUAGCUGCCAGAAACUUUCUUGCUUAUCUGAUGCUCUUUAAUGCACAAUAUGUGUUCUGUGUUCCCUUAAGUAUGAAAGGUGAUGGGAAUUGCUUUUGGAGGCUUUCACAAGUUAUCUUUUGCUUUCAGAUGAGCUUUGAUCCAAACCUUCUCCAUAACAAUGGACACAACGGGUACCCCAAUGGUACUUCUGCAGGACUGCGUGAAACUGGGGUUAUUGAAAAACUGCUGACCUCCUAUGGAUUCAUUCAGUGUUCAGAACGGCAAGCUAGACUGUUCUUCCACUGUUCACAGUAUAAUGGCAACCUACAGGAGCUUAAAGUGGGAGGUAAUUCAUCUGGUGGAAUUCUCUGGGUUCAUAACUGAGGCUCUUUACAUGUGUGAUGAGGAUUAGCACCUCUUAACACUAGAGAUGUGUCUGCCUAGUCAAUAGUAGUUAAACCAACCAUUAGAUGAGAGAGCCAAAGUGAGGCCUUGUGUUUCAAUUUAUGAUAAUUUUUUGUUUUAGUUUCCCAUUUUCUGUGGAUUAUUUUUAUGUAUACUGCUUAGAAAUGCAAGUAAGUAAUAUAGAAAUGUCAUAAGUAAAUAAAUGAUUGAUAGAUAGACAGAUAGAUAGGCUUAACUAUAUGGAUGCUUCUAUGAUGAAGCUAUAUUGAGUAGAGUAUCGUAGAAACUGGUUUCCCAUACUGUGUUCUGGGAAGCUCUUCCUUGUUCUUCAGUAGAAUGGCUGAUAAGUUUGCUCACCACUACAGACUGCUAUCAGGGUGGGAUGUAGGGCUCAUGUUAAUCCCCUUAUUUACUAACUGCAUGGCCAGGCUAUUUGUUUCCUGUGUACAGCUAAGUGCUGUUUUUAACUUCUAAAGCCCUAAAUGGUUUGGAGCCAGGCUAUAAUAAAGGCCACUAUCUUCUGUAUAAUCCUGCCCAAGAGCUGAGGUCUUUCACAGAGGCCCUUCUCACUGACCCUUCAACAAUUUCAAAAAGUGAUAGUCCUUGAGGGCUAUUUCUGGGAUGGCCACCACCUCUAAAAUUCUGUCUCUCAGGCAAGACUUAACUGCCUGUCUUUAGGAGGAUAGUUUAAAUAGAAAAGUUUUAUCAGACAUUUGUGCUCUUGCUUGGGCUGCUGUGAGUUUUACUCUACUGGUUUUUAGUGCACACUGCUCUGAUCUCACAAAGGAAGAUGAUGAUACAAAUUAUGUAAAAUAAAUAUUUUUUCCAUUGCAUUGUGCAGCUACAGGAGGCAGUUGUGUGUGUUCUAGAAUGCACUCAGUUUUUCUCUGGCAGGGCUGGAACACCUGUGGCUCUCAAGGUUGACUGAGCUACAAUUCGCAUAACUCAUUACCAUUGGCCAAGCUGGCUGGGGCUGAUGGGAGUUGAUAUCCAACAUAUAGAGGGACAGAGAUUCAGUAUCCUUCAGGUAGAGCAACAGUGAGGCCCAAUCUGUGUGCCCUCACAAGGUAAUUAUGGCCCUAAAAAUACAAGAGCCCUGCUGGAUCAGACCAAAGGCAUAUUUAAUCAAUUAUUCUUCUCACAGUGGCCACCUAGAUGCCUUUGGGGACCCUAGAAUUUGUUUUAGCUUUUUAUAACACUUAGAGUUGUUUUGGUAGAUGAAGAAAUGUGGUGGAAAAUACCUCCAGUGUCAUAAAGUUGUGAAACCAGUGGACUAGAAGAAUGGGCUGUGAAUGUUGUACAGAAAGAGCCUCUCAUUUUGCCCACUCUGAGUUCAUGAGCCAGAUUGACUGACCGAGGAGAAUGCUGUCAUGUUUUAAAUUGUUAUUUUGAUCUUAGCAUGCAUGUGCAAGAUAAAUGCCACUGACUGAGAUCCAGGGGAACCAUUUACAUGCAAGCAACUCAUUGGGCUUUUUUGUAGUUUUCGAGAGUUCUAUCCUCAGGCAAUCCUCCCUGUCUCCAAUACUACACAGCCUCAAAAGCAGUCUUAAAUUUGAAUGCUUAAUGCAAAUUUAAGACUACUUUUGAGGCUGUGUAGUAUUGGAGACAGGGAGGAUUGCCUGAGGAAAGGUAAAGCUGUGCUUGCGAAUUAUUCCUGUUAAGUGUUACUAGACUGGUCCUGUGUCAUUGAUAAAACUUCAAUUGCUUUACAGAUGAUGUUGAAUUUGAAGUAUCUUCUGACCGGCGAACUGGAAAACCGAUUGCUAUUAAACUGGUGAAGAUUAAAACAGAAACAUUACCUGAAGAGCGAAUAAAUGGACAAGUUAGUGGCUAUGAUAAGCUUUUUCCAUGCAUGCGAUUUGCAUCUGCUGUGGUCAGACAAACAAGGGCAGAGUUGAGUGUAGCAUGCCUCUCCUUGGUUGCAUAGAAAUAUUUUUCUCAAAUUUAAUUUUUUCCACUUGUUUUGGCAAGCGCGUAAAAAUUGGGGUUUUACCUAACCAAGAACAAUUCUUACAGUUAACAAAAGUACUGUAAGAUAUAAGCUUUGCAGCAUGGCAUACUGUUGUGGGUUACCUGUAAAGUGCAUCCCCAAGUGUAUUAUAGAAAACUAACAGUCUGAUGCAUAAUGCUGCCUCUGGAAAUAAUUAGCAAUGGAUUUUUUUUUGACUGGUAGGUUGUGUGUGCUGUUCCUCACAACUUAGAGAGUAAGUCUCCAGCUGCCCCGGGUCAGAGUCCAACAGGGAGUGUAUGCUACGAACGUAAUGGGGUAAAACUUAUGUAUUUACUUAAACUUUUUGACUGAUCCUCCAAUAUGAUUUAAACUAAAAUACUUGCCAGAGUAGACAGUGAAAAAACUGUACUUGCUUUAAAAAGUUAAAAUUUAAAUUGCUAAAAACUUAUUUAUUGAAAUAGAAAACAUCUGACUUCAUGUUUUGACUGUAAUUAUGAAAUAUUUUCACAACUUCAGUCUAGAAUUAUAUGGCUAGUUAAAAUGAAGCAGAAAAGUUAACUGUUUACUAAAGUCUUCACUGUGACUAUUUUUUAGUUUCAUAAAAUGCUAAUAAAACGUCAAAUAUUCUGCACACUUCCCAAGUUCUGAAACGCAGAAGUUUAAACUAACCAGGACUUUAUAAAUUUGUCUACUCAUAGCAAAAUAUUAAUGAUAUCAAAUUUUAAUUCACAGGAAGUGUUCUACUUAACUUAUACCCCAGAAGAUGUUGAAGGAAAUGUACAGCUGGAAACCGGAGAUAAAAUUAACUUCAUUAUUGAUACAAAUAAACAGUAAGUAGAUACCUUGUCAUGACUGAAUCCAUGUUGGCUCUAAGGUAGUAAAGUUCUCCAGAAACUAAUGUUAUUACUUGAGUUGAAGUAUACUUCGCAAACUUUGCAAAGGCCAUUCAGAUCAAGUUUCUGAAGAUGCUUUGUUCUUGAGUGGUUAUUAAAAUUGCUAGUCAGUUUGUCUUUUUCUUUCAUCGACAAAUGGAUAAUCUACAGUACAGCUAUCUAAUAGGAAACUUGCUUUUUUUUUAGACCUAAAUGUGAAUGUGUACUUUAAGUAAAGAGAUUGUAGCAGUGUGAUGUUUUCAUCUUAAAAUAUCCUGGUCAUAACGAAAGGAGACUUAUGUAUUUCCAGUUUGUAGAAUAGAAUUUAGCACAUUAAACAUAUAAGGUGACCCAGCAUUGCACCAGUUCAUGUAACUCAUCCCUCCUAGCCCAUCCCCCCCCCCCAAAUCUGCUCUGGUGGGAUAAACUAGGGUUUCCAUAUGUCUGGGAAUUCCCAGACAUGUCCUUUUUUGGGGGGAAAUUUACAUUUUAAAGCAGAUGUCCUGGAUUUGGGGUUUAAUUUUUUUUGUGUGUGUGUGUGUGUGUGUGCGCGCGCAUGCACGUGCUCAGACAACCUGGGCUUGGCGGUGGCAGCGGAGCUAUCAGGCGAUAGCCCUAAAAACAUCAAUUUUUUGUGUCCGAAUUUUUACUUCUUGAAAUAUGGCAACCCUAGAUAAACACAACUGGAGUCACUCAUAGAAUUUAAGAAUCAUUCUGUAUUUGGCUGUAUUGUGAUAAGUCAUUGAAUUAUAUUUUCCUUGUGUGACCUUCAUCUACUUUUUCCCAUAGUACUGGUGCUGUAAGUGCUCGUAACAUUAUGCUUUUGAAAAAGAAACAGGCUCGGUGUCAAGGAGUAGUUUGUGCCAUGAAGGUAAAUUAACACUUAACUACUUUCUGUAAUUUACUUGUACAGUUAUGGAACCAUGUAGGAGUGGAGGAGAAGGUGUAUAGACUUAUUCUAGUACUUUUGAGACAGAACUUCCAUGUAAGGUUGCUUGGGACUAAGUCUCAUUGAACAUUAGAUCUUGCAUCUGAGAGAGCAGGCAUUAGAUUGGGCUUUAUAUAAUUCACUCAUUCCUCCUGUAAAAAGUUUUUAUGUAUGCACAUUUUUAGCUGUAGAUCUUUCUUAUAACUAUUAGUCACCAGAAAAAAGAAAAAAUGUUUUAUUCCAGCUAGGUGGAUAUAGAUCAAGAUAGCAUCUUUUUGCUUAACAAUCCUAUUUUCUUCUUAGGAAGCCUUUGGAUUCAUUGAAAGAGGUGAUGUUGUAAAGGAGAUAUUCUUUCACUAUAGCGAAUUUAAAGGUGACCUAGAAGCCUUACAGCCUGGUGAUGAUGUGGAGUUCACAAUCAAAGACAGAAAUGUAAGACCAAAUUUCUUAACUCCAACUUAAAUUGUAAAUGCAUGACAUUGCAGGAUCUUCCUUAAAUGUCUCCAUUAGAUUUGUAUGUUGUUUGACCUAUUGUUAGUCCUUGUAACUACUUAACCAGUUGACUAUUUGGCUUAAUUUUCUGCUUAUAGGGUAAAGAAGUUGCAACUGAUGUAAGACUUUUGCCUCAAGGAACUGUUAUUUUUGAAGAUAUCAGCAUUGAACACUUUGAGGGAACAGUAACCAAAGUAAUUCCAAAAGUACCCAACAAAAAUCAGGUAGAAAAUGUCUUACAUUAUUGUGUACAGAAAUUUAUUUGUAAAUGUUUAUUUUAAAGUACUUUGAUAGUCAGUGACACUGAGCAAAUUCAGUAACGGGAAACAAAUUGGGUAAAUCAUUAAUGAAAGAGGCAUCCUUGGGUGCUACAAUGGAAGAUGGAACUUGUUCAGCUCUCAGUUGAUGUUUUAAAACUGUAAAAUCCUGGAAAGCUCUAAUAUGGCCUUUCUUUUGUACUCUGAUCAGAAUGACCCAUUACCUGGGCGUAUAAAAGUAGACUUUGUGAUUCCUAAAGAACUUCCAUUUGGAGACAAAGAUACAAAAUCAAAGGUGACGCUGUUGGAAGGUGACCACGUUAGAUUCAACAUUUCAACAGAUCGGCGUGACAAAUUGGAACGAGCCACUAAUAUUGAAGUUCUUCCCAAUACUUUCCAACUCACUAAUGAGGCUAGAGAAAUGGUAAGUAAUUAAAAUGCAUGCCAUGUCUACUUUCAUAGGAGUAUGUUCCAUAGAACUCAGAAUUACAGCACAAUUCUAUAGAGAUCUACUCGGAUGUAAGUGUUCUACACAGAGAAAUAGGAUAUAAUUACUGUUGCCUCAUUUAGCAUUGCUGGUACUGUAGAAUGAUGCUAGAUUUAUGUAGCAAUGAACACUGAAAUAGUCCUGAGAAGUUGUCUGAAUCUUCAGCAUGUUGCAUUUCUCUUGGCUACGUGAGGAAUUACUUUCCAAGGAAGCCUUUGAUAGAAGAUGCAGCGAGCUGCAGUUUUACAGAAUUCUAACUUUAGUUCUAUAUGUCUAUAUACAUACUAAAAAUACAUUUCUAUGUGCACACUAGAACAUCCUCAUUCUCUGCUGUCCCCUCCUGCCCUUGUGCACCCUCAGAUUCCCAACCUCUGGGUGGUUGGGAAACCCUCUGGAGCAGAUUUGGGGGGUGGGGUCCUGGUGGUGGAGAGGAAAUGGAAGUCAUUUAUUUUUUAGAUAAGUGACCAAGAAAUAUAAUAAGCAUGACAAUGGGAGGGCAUUCCAGUGCUGAAUUGCUCCCAUGGAGAAGGGAGUACAUGAAACUUGCAUUUGUAAAAUAGAAAAUUUUCUGAUUUACAAAUCCCAUUUUAAAGGAAAUGUGUAGCAGGAAUUGCAUUGAAAUCCUUCUGUUGCCUCUUUCCACUUUAUCUCAGUUUUCUGAAAGUUUUGCAUCUUAAAAACUGAUGUUAAAAUUCAGAGAGCAAUUUGAGCUUAACCUCAAAGGCUUGCAAGUUCAGAGCCAUGUUGGGACUUGUACAGCUAGUUGCACAAUGUUUUGAAUCCUCCAUCUGAGAAUACAGUUAUUUUCAAUGAAUAAUGCCUCACAGUUUUUUCCACUCUGAGGAAUUAGAGUGAGAAAAGGAAGAAAAAGCUUUGUGGGAAGGAAACAGUUCACUGAGAUAUGGUCUGCUUGCUCUGGAUUUGUCUUAGAGUUUUCCUAAAAACUACCAUUUAUCUGAGUCAAUAAGCUUUUUAUGCUCUUCCAUUGUAGGGUUUUUCUGGCCGGGGGAGGGGGGAGUGCUGGGCACAAUUACUGCCAUAGACGUGUCAUUAUUUUAUAACAUUUAUUUUUCGCUUGGUUCACAUGUGGCUUGAGUUCUCUCAUUGACUUAUUAGGCUGAUGACUGUUUUUUAAGGCAUGGAGAGAAUGCCUAGAGGUGGGGGUAGGCAACCUAAGGCCCAGGGGCCGGAUGCAGCUCAAUCACCUUCUCAAUCCAGCCCGCGGAUGGUCCAGGAAUCAGCGUGUUUUUACAUGAGUAGAAUGUGUGCUUUUAUUUAAAAUGCAUCUCUGGACUAUUUGUGGGGCAUAUGAAUUCGUUCAUCCCCCCCCCCCAUAGAUAGAUAGAUAGAUUAGAUAGAUAGAUAGAUAGAUAGAUAGAUAGAUAGAUAGAUAGAUAGAUAGAUAGAUAGUCUGGCCCCCCACAUGGUCUGAGGGACAGUGGACCAGCCCACGGCUGAAAAAGGUUGCUGACCCCUGGCCUAGAGCAUUGCGGACUAGAUGGUAUUCUGUUGUACCUGACAGAUAUCCUCUAGGGUUUCCCAAACUUGGCCCUCCAGCUGUGUUUGGACUACAGUUCCUAUCAUCCCUGACCACUGGUCCUGCUAGCCUAGGGAUGAUGGGAGUUGUAGUCUGAAAACAGCUGGAGACCCAAGUUUGGGAGUCCCUGCUCUAAGGAUUCUUCAUCAGCUAUAGUUACUGACCUAUGUGUUGCGUCCACAGGGUGUGAUUGCCGCAAUGAGGGAUGGCUUUGGUUUCAUUAAAUGUGUUGACAGAGAUGCCCGCAUGUUCUUUCACUUCAGUGAAAUUCUAGAUGGCAACCAGCUCCACAUUUCAGAUGAAGUAGAAUUUACUGUGGUUCCUGUAAGUACAAUUUUGUGCAAUUUAAGUUUUCCAACUUCAUGUUGCUUCAGGUCAUUUAUUUAUAUUUGCUGACUUACUAUGCUUCAUUAUUAUCUUUCAUCUAAUAAGAUCUCAAGAUUGCUUACUGUACUAAUUAAAGCAGAGAUAAAACUAAUAAUGAAAACAGCCAAAUAAAAUAAAACAGUACAGUAUCAGCUGCAGAAUUCAGCCACUUUUGAUCAAUUUAUCAAUUUCAUGACCUUCCUUUUCCAGGAUAUGCUGUCUGCUCAAAGAAAUCAUGCUAUAAGGAUUAAGAAACUUCCAAAAGGCACUGUUUCAUUCCACACCCAGUCAGAUAAUCGUUUUGUGGGCACUAUAGAAAAGGAAGCCACUUCUGCCAAAUCCACUAGUCCAAAUAAAGGCAAAGAGAAGGUAAUACUGCCUGGGGUUUUUCUUCUGUUUCUCUGUAAAAGAAUAACUGAAAACUUCUAUAAAGAUUAGACAAGGAAUAUAUUUAUAAACAUUCUCUGGCUGAAGAUAACAGUUUCCGUACUUUUAUAUUUCAUGUGUCCUUUGAGAUGGAUAAACACACAUAUUGCAACAAGAUAAUGGAAGUUUAAAAGCUGGUCUUGCAAGUGUGUCUAAACUUGAUUUACUUAGUGUGGUUGCAAGGUUUGGGUUUCCUAUAAGCAUAAUGUAGAUUCUUUUUGGUUGUAGAAAUAAACAUAGGUGCUGAAUCUUAGGAGCAUCUCUCUGCUAUGAACUUACUCUUAUACCAAGUAUCUAGUUGAAACAUACCUGUUGCAUUAAUCUUCCCCAUUGCUAAAAUAGUUUAGGGCUUUUAAUUAAAUCCUGAUUACACUACUGCUGGCAAUAUCUCUGUUCAGUGGAAACUAGGUAAUAUAUAUUUCAGAAACUGGUCAUGAGUUACCUAAUUGAUACUACUUUCCUGUAUAAUCCCAAGUAGAAAAAUAUAGGAUAGGCUUUCUUGGCGUUCCAACAGUGAUUGGUUAUACAUCAUGUUUAAAAAUGAGGCGUUUCCCUGUAUGAAUACAUCUGUGUCAAAACUAGUGAAUUUCAUGAUUACAAAACUUAGUAUAUUUUCUGCCACUGAAUACCUAUGUUCACACUACCAGUUCACAUUUGUAUUGACUGUCAGGCUGUGGUCUAUUGGAAAAAAAUUAAAUUCCUUCAGUUUUGAUCCUUUUGUAUUUUAUUUCCUUCCCCCCUGCCCCACUUUUAGGAAGCUGAAGAGGGAAUAAUUGCUUAUGAUGAUUGUGGGGAGAAGCUGACCAUUCCCUAUCAGGCUAAGGAUGUGGAAGGAUCUACUUCUCCUCAGAUAGGAGAUAAGGUAAUAUGCAUACUGUUUUUAAAAAUGUAAGAAUGCCCAUGAUUGGGUAAAAUACUUCUAGAGAUCCUUCUUGGUUUUUCAGUUUUCACUAUCUGUGUUGAUUUGUAAUUAUUACCUCGUUACCUUCUUAAUAUUAUUAGGGUAUACUGAGAACUGGUGCAUAGUUGUGGCCUCUCUUCAGAAGUUGAGAACCAUUCAGGCUAUGAACCUUACACCAACAUCUUGUGUCCCUGGAUUAAGAUUUGUUUAAGGCUGCUUUUGUGUAAUAUAUUUUUUUAAAAAUAAGAUCUCAACAAAAAAUAAUGGUGUCACUGUGAAAUACUGUUGUGAAUUAGUAUGUGAAUCCCUUCUCUUGUUUGGCUACAAAAUGAGACUGCUGACGUUCAACUUUAAAUGGCAUAAUAAGAGAGUACUGACUUCAGCCCUUGAGAAUUGAAUAGCCUCAGUGAGGGGAUUUUCAAAAGAGAGCUAAUACUACCAUAAGUUGUUUUCACUGCUGAGAAAAAGCAAAAUGUCCCAUUAGAUUACUUCCAUAAGUGCAUGUGAUCUUCCCAAUCCUUCUAGAAGGCAUUUUAUUUUGUCUGAUAUCUUUUCCCAAAUAGGUUGAGUUUACAGUCUGUGAAGUGAAGAGAACUGGGUUGCAAACAGCUACAUCUGUAAGAAUGCUUGGUAGAAACUACAGUUCAAAAAGGCUUUUAGGAUAUGUGGCAACUCUAAAGGAUAACUUUGGAUUUAUUGAAACAGCCAAUCACGAUAAGGAGAUUUUCUUCCAUUACAGGCAAGUUGAUUAGUCUAAGAGUUUGUUGCACAUUAAAUCAGGUAUGGUACAGGCCAGAUGUAGCAGCUUCUAUAUGGUCCAUACAGCAGCACACAGGAGUCUCCACAUCACCACUGACUGUUACUUUAGACUACUAACAGUAAUGUGGAGGUGCUCUGUAUAUUGGAAGGGGGUCCAUGUGGUCAGCUCUUGCAUCAUGAUGUCAUGUGCUGCAGUCCCCAUAUGGAAACCGUUGCCAUCUCAUUUAAGUGUGCUCCAGUGGUUCUGAAAAGUGGGAACCUCCUUUGGUGUACAUAGAACCUCUGGAAGGAGGAUGAAAAUUUCCAGUGAGGGCACAAUUCUGAGACAGGUGGAGUCUUCCUUCACCAGCCAUAACAAUUGGUUGAGUUGAAUGCCUGCUAGCAGAAGAUACUCAUUGACUCAUAAUUGGACUUCUGACUGUAACUACUGCUCCCCAAACAGGUUUAGGAUGAUGUGGCAGAAGCUUUGUUCCACUUGUAUAAUGCCAGUGCUGGAUUAGUGUCUGGAUCCCCAGAUCUUUGCACACAGUAGCAAGCAAGAGUCCCUGUGCAUCCUGCUGUGGAACAGAUGGUUAAUACUGAGUUGGUUGGUUUGCAGGGUAGGAUAGCAUGCUUUGUCUGCUCCCCGCAGACUGCAUGUUAACCUUAAUGUGAAAAAAUCUUCCUAUAAUCCUAAAAAAAGUGGAACAUGAGUGCUCUAUGCAGCAGGGAUGGAGAAUCUCAGGCCUAGGUGCCCUGCAAGCCUCUGUCUGGCUCAUGCUGUACAGCAGGGACGUCCAGCUCCCAAGAAACAGCGAUCUACUCCUAGAAAAAUAAACUGGCAGUGAUCUGCCCUUGGGCGGGGAGUUCAGAGUUGUUGAGUGUUUAUAAUUAAAAUGAAUCGCUCACCAACAACACAGCCGCUAACAGAAGAACACACACUAAACGCAACGCAGGGAGAGACUAUGGGGGGGGGGAGACAUGAUUCUAAACGUGAGCGAUAAGGAUCCCAUGAUCGACCACGAUCACCCGGGGAUCGACCUGUCGGUCACGAUCCACCGGUUGGACACCCCUGCUAUACAGCAACAGACAUUGGUAUACUGCUGCACCAGAAGCGGUUUAGUCAUGCUGGCCGCAUGAUGCAAGAUGAGCGCCACACCCCAUAGUCGCCUUUGACUGGACAUAACUGUCCAGAGGUCCUUUACCCUUUGACUGGACUUAACUGUCGCCUUUGACUGGACUUAACUGUCCAGAGGUCCUUUACCCUUUACCUUUACAAAGCUUAUCAAAAGUAUUAUUCCAGUGUAUGUGUGUAUCAAGUUAAAGACCUUUCAGUCACUGGCAAUAGCAAAAUAGAUAUACAGUGGUACCUCGAGUUACAAACGCCUCAGGUUACAAACUCCGCUAACCUGGAAGAGUUACCUCAAGUUGAGAACUUUGCCCCAGGGUGAGAAUGGAAAUCAUGUGCUGGCGGCGCAGCGGCUGCAAGAGGCCCCAUUAGUGAAAGCACGCCUCUAGUUAAGAACAGUUUCAGGUUAAGAACGGUCCUCCAGAACAAAUUAAGUUCGUAACUAGAGGUACCACUGUAGCUUUGAUAUAUUGCUCUCUAAACUGGACUACAACUCCCAUUGUCUCUGACUAGUAGUUGUGCUUAGUUAGGCUAAUGUGAGUUGUACAGCAUAUGCUGAGGGCAUAGGUUUUUUGCUCCUAUCCUAGUGACAUAAACAUCCCCAAUUUAUAUAUGCUGCAUAUUCACACUUUAUAAGCUUAUUCUGAUUUACACAAAUAAUGGCUGAUGUAAAAAAUACUCAUGGAAGAUCCAUUUGUAAUGUUAUUGAUGGUGGCAUGCUAUGGGUGUUGCAUAGGGCUCUUAUAUAAGGUAAACAUUUGGCUUCCUAUUAAUAAAUGAGGUCUUCUACAUGAUAUGCAGCCUGCUGCACUGAACGCUUGAAAAGAAAUUAGAUUCUCAAGAUCAUCCCAUUUGAAUUGGUUUGCUAAAAAUGUAAAUUUGUUGGGAUGGCAAUCUUGGUUACAUUUAUGCAUACUCAAGAUUUCUUUAUAAUUCUUUGCAGUGAAUUCUGUGGUGAUAUCGAUAGCCUGGAACUUGGCGAUAUGGUUGAAUACAGCUUAUCAAAAGGCAAAGGAAACAAAGUCAGUGCAGAGAAAGUGAACAAGACACAUGCAGGUAAAGCUGUUUUUAAAUUUCUUUUAAAGCCAAAUAUUAUGUACUUGGUGCUGACAAUUUUGUGGAUGCCUGCUUGUUUCAUUUAUCCCAGGUUUGAAAAACAGGAACUUAAUUCCAGCCUCGGACUGUUCCACUGUAAUGGUUUAUUAUCCAAAACUAGAAGUGAGAAUUAGAUCUGUCUUGGUUGCCUGAGGGCAAUUCUUGCUUAGAAACAAGGCUAAUUACAAACCUGUUCUAUUAGUGUUUUGGAUUAGAUAAAACUAACACAUAUAUGACAUGAAAAGCAGGACAAAGGGGACAAAUAAGUUGACAGCAACUGCUGCAACUUCUACUGCUGCUACUGUGAAAACAGUAAAAAGCUUGCAUUUUAAAGCGUAGCCUUCUUGCUUGGGAACCCCACAAAGGAUUUUGUCAAGUGUGGAGUACAAAUCAAUCAAUCAUGAUAUCAUAAUGAUGUGUCAUUGGCAGAUGGCUGGCUCCAUGUACCUGUCAUAUUUGGUCUGUGAGGCUGAUCCUGAUCAGGCUCUAGCCCAUGAAACCCAAAAGGUUCCUCACCCUUGCUAUAAAGUGUUGUUUGGCUCUGUAUUCCUAUAUGGUAUUUUGACUGAAGCGUGGGAACCUUACUCUCUUCAUAUGAGUUGCAGAUUCUGAUAUAAAAUAUUUCGGAACACUGUAUUGGAAACUGAAUAGCAAGGAUACAGAACUAAAAAACUUUACCCUAUAAUUGCCACAAAUUGGAGAAAUGCACUACUCAAUAUUGGGAAACAGUGCAGUAGAAAAAUUGACAGUGUAGCUACCCAGUGAGCUUAUUUAAACUUCUGUGCUAGAGAUGUAGUGUUACAUCUUAGAAUGUAUGUGGGGAGUUGCACAUUGGAAUGUGAUUCCCUCAGGUUCCAUAUACAAGGAAAACGUGAGGUGCAUAGUUAGGUGUACUUUGUGCCCUUCCCAAACAUAUGAAGAAAAGCCAAUACUGACAGUAUGUGGAUGAAUUGCUGUUUUCAGAAUUAUCAGAGACUUUCCCAUGACAUCUAGUGAUGUACUACUGUGUUUCCAGAUAGCAAAUAUUAGGAAAAAAAUAUUAAGGGCUAGCUUUCUACCUAGAUUCCAUUUCUCCCCCUGCAUUUUGCAAACCUGCCACUUUUAGAUUUCCAUACCUUUAGCCAUGGUAGGACAGGUUUUACUUGAUACAGGGUGACUCUGCUAAGCUCCAUAAAGUUCUUUGGGAAAGAUGGCCACUUGUAAUGCGGAUGACCUUGUUUUAUAGUGAAUGGCAUCACAGAUGAGGCUGAUCCAGCUGUUUACACGGGUAAAGUAAUUCGUCCUCUCAGGAGUGUAGAUCCCACCCAGACUGAAUACCAGGGAAUGAUUGAAGUCAUGGAAGAUGGUGAGUAGUGUGCCUUUCCAGUAUUGGUUGAUCUAAUUCCAUAGUUGGUUGGGUACCCUAAUGAAUCUUUCUAGGAAAGUUGGUUGAAGUGAGACUUGCAUGUUACAAUGUGAUGUCUAAAUGACAUGGAAGCUGCUGCUUGAGAAUUCUUAACCAUGACACGUCUUUGUGUUAUGCUUGCUUCUCCAGGAGAAAUGAAAGGUGAAGUCUAUCCUUUUGGAAUUGUUGGUAUGGCAAACAAGGGGGACUGUCUGCAAAAAGGAGAAACCGUAAAGUUCCAGCUUUGUGUCCUUGGUCAGAAUGGACAAACAAUGGCUUGUAACAUUACACCUUUCCGCAGAGCCACCGUGGAAUGUGUGAAAGAUCAGGUGAGAGGACUUCUUGAGAUGCAAGCCAUGUCUUUGCUGUUUGUGUGAUUUUUCUGCAUUAGGGCCUUCUCUGUUUAAAUACUGGAAGGAAAUUAUUGGAAUUUAACAUAGCAUUCUUGUUCUUUUGCACCCAGCUCGAUUUUGAAGGCUCCAAGUUUGACCUUCAAGCAGUUUAAUUAGCUGAAUUUAUAACUUUCAUUUGGGUGUAAAAGACAAGAUUACAGUUCUUGAAUCUUGAUAGAAGCCAGGAAGUAUGAAAAUAUUAUUGAUCAUGGAGAGACCUGUUACAAAUGUUUUCUCUUUUAGUAUCUUAUCGGGCGGGGCUAAAAUGUUUUUCCAAAAAUGAGGUCCGCAUCCCCUUUUGUCAGGAAACAUUUAAGAUGAUAGUAGAAUCCAUUUAUUUCAGUGGGUCUACUUUGAGUAUGACUAUCAUUGGAUAUCACCCUAAAAAGUCUAAAUUACGUGCUGUCUGUAAAUAAAUUUCAGUCCUACUUGUAAACCAUUUGAUUGCUCAUGUUGUGCAGUUGAUAAGACAAUUUCCAUCCCUUUUUUAGUUUGGUUUCAUAAACUAUGAAGUGGGUGACAGCAAAAAGCUCUUUUUUCACGUGAAAGAAGUUCAGGAUGGUGUGGAACUGCAGGCUGGUGACGAAGUAGAGUUUUCAGUCAUCCUCAAUCAACGCACAGGGAAAUGCAGUGCCUGUAAUGUGUGGCGUGUUAGGUAAGCAAAAGAUACUAAUUUACCGUACUCCCUUGCAGGGGGAAAACCAAGCAAUCCUGGUCUGAUUUCUUGAUAGAAAAUUGGCAGACAUCCUUGAGCUGUCUCGAGUUGGAAUCUUGAAAGUAGCUGCUGAUGAACAAAUUAUUGAAAAUCCAUUAAGCUUUGUGUAUAGGGGCCUUUCAGUGGCCCUUAUUUUCCUUCUUUGUACCACAUGGGAUGAGUUAAUGUUGAGGGUGUUGGUUUAAAAGGAAAAAUUGGGAAAGAAGAGGAGGAAAUUGGCCUACUUUGCACCAUAUUGUUAUACAUACUCCAUUCAUUGAUUCUCUUCAUUUAUAGCAGCCUUCCUCAACUCUGUGCACUCCAGAUGUUUUGGACUAGAUAGCUGUCAUCAGCCUCUGCCAGCACAGCCAUGUUGGCAAGAGCUGAUAGUUAAGUAGUGCCACAUCAAAGAUGUUUUUCAUGAGCUGAUUUCUUUAGCAUUCAACAUACAUCUGCUUGGGUUUCCCCCUCUGUUCGUUAAUAAACUUUUAAUGUUCUAUUUCUUCACCUGUUCCUUUCAGGAACUCAUUUUACACAUUUGUAAGCUUGAAAUACUACUGUGCCACUCAUUUCCAAAACCUUGACAAAAAUAAUCAGUACUCCAGAUACUGUGCAAGGACCAUUUCCUAAAUGUAUUAAUUCCUUGAGUAGUUACUCUUUAUAUACUUUGUUCUAUCAGCUCUUUAACAUCCUAUUCUCCCAUGUUUUUUGGAUCUGCGAAACAUAAUGGGUUGCAAUGUUUUGUGAACAAAUGAUCACUCAUGCAACAUGGCUUACCUGUCCUCUUUUUUGUAUUUCAGCCUCCUUCAUUCCCCCCCCCCCCAAAAAAGGUGCAGGGGAUUGGGACUCUCAGGAGAGGUCUGGGGUGCAGCAUAUAGGGGCAGCAAUGGGAAAACCAGAAAUUGGGUGGGGCCAUCUUGUGACAGCAAAGCUCCCUAUAUGCUGUAGUCAUGGGGAGGGGUGGGAAAGCCAGGUUUUGUGAGCAGUCUUCUACAGGCAACUCCCUGUACAUGGGGGUUAUGUUCCAAGGCACUGUGUGUUUUAGGUUAAUUCAUGUGCAUUUGAAACCUUUUUUAAAAAUUCAAACACCCCAUUCCACCCCUUUUUGUGACUUUUGGGGUCACUUCUGGGUUCAGCGCAAUGUGUGCGUGCACAGUCAGUCAUAUGUCGGGCACGCCUUAAGUGGUCCCUGCCUGUACUUGCUUUUGGACACAAACCAUUGUGUGCACAAAAAUCACUAUAGUUUCAUUACUGUUUUCCUUCUCGGUUCUUUCUUACCCCAUAAUUCAGUUAUCAUUGGUGGGGUUUUUUUUUAACAUUAAGGCUGAAGCACAGUUAUACUUGUUGGGAUACUGCCAGGGAGAUAAAGUCCAUCAAGGCCCCCAAGCCGUCUGCCGGACGAUCCAUCGACCUCCUGUAGUCACGCAGUAUCGACAAUUAGCGACAUGAGUUUCUAGAAGAUUUCUUGCCACAUUCCAGAGCUCAUGCACACUCUUAUCAGCAGAUAAUGCACAGCCAAAAGUUGCAAUCAGGAGAGCAUUAUUUACAAGUUUAUUCAGCGUUGAUCAGAACACAGAAAAACAUGACUGCCUGCUUUUAGUGUCUGCGACACAGAGAGAAAACGAAAACAAUAGAAAACAUAAACAUCCUGUGAACAGGAAAUACGCAGACUCUGACUCACAAAGCCUGCUCCCUUUUAAGGUGGAACGGAAAUAUCCUAACAAUACUUACCCUAAAGGUUGUAGUAUUAGUAUCAGUGGAACCACUUCAAAACAUUUUGAUCUUAUUCAACCAUUCCAAUUGUCAUUCUUAGCACAAAAUUGUAUUUCAUUUAUUAGCUGCAGUAUUUCUUUCAUUGCGCCUUUCUUGGCACUUUCAUGUCUCCAACUUAUGUUGUGGAUUUCUUGCACUUUUUUGUUGUACUUUGUUUUUGUAAUCCUGUUUUUCUUCAUAUUUUAUUGCUUCCUGCAUUCCCAUUACUGUCAGCUUUAUUUUGCAUGUGUGCAGAAACAGAAGAUAGGCACUUCAAAUUCUCACAUAUUUCCACUUUGUAAUCAUAGUUUAUGAAAGGUUUUCACAUGGUUUAUGACUUCUGGGGGUUGGCUCAGUAGAAAGCUCACUUGCAUUCCCAACAGCUUAUCUUCUCUUUCACUUUGUGUGUAUUCUCACUCCCCUCCUUUGCCUCUUGGAAUCCUCAGACUGCACAUCCAGUCUGAGAUUUUAUCUAGAUUUGGGAGAGAUGUGGUUCUUUGGGUGGGAAAAACAUUCUCAGGGAUUCCCUUUACCUAAUUUGAAGCCCCCUGCAUUGGUCCACAACUUACUUAGUGAUGGGACUGUUCAGUACUGGUGUCUAAUGAGAAAUGUGCAAAUACAGAUGAAUAAUAGUUGAGCAUUGUCUACAUGCCAGAGUUCUAAAGAUACUGGCAGUCCAGAAGCACACUUAUAUCUACUAAAGCUGCAGUCUUAACUGAGUGAAACUUUCACGCAUGCCAUGAUUACUACCAUGAGCAUAAUAUUACUGCAGAUUAGGAAUGCAUAUACCUGUUAGGAUGCAUUUUGAUAAUGGAAUUUUAUUCAACAUCAAAACUACAUUUGUCAUUGUAGGAUGUCCAUAUAUCUUGCACUGAAUUCCCCUUCAAAAUUAAACAGUUAUUCCAGGGCAGUGUGGAAAAAGAUACUAAUAACCAGCAUGAAUGCUGUUAUAGCAGAAAGUUGGCUUUUUCUCUCUUUAAAAAAAAACAACAAAACAUUAAAAUACACAUCUACAUGUUUUCCCUAAUGAUUUAGUUUGUUUCUAUUUACAGUGAAGGUGCUAAGGCCAUAGCUGCUCCACGUCCUGAUAGACUUGUUAAUCGCUUAAAGAGCAUUACUUUGGAUGAUGCCAGCGCUCCUCGUCUAACUGUUCUUCGUCAGCCAAGGGGACCGGAUAAUUCAAAGGUAUGUUAUAGGAUAUUUGCCUGAUGUGUGGUCAUAACAUUGGGAUUUCCGCUUCUGUGACAUACUGGAUAAGAAGCCAAGCAACUUCCUUUUAAUUGGUAGGAAUUCUAGUAAAUGUUAAUCAUCAGCAAAAGAUGGAAGGACAUAAAAAUACUUUAGGAACUCAGUUUUUCCCAAAGGCAGUUGAGACAGGAUAUUGGAUUUCUUAGGUUGCUGAGACUGUGAGUUGAACAUGGAAGUACAAAGGACUUAAAUGAUAAACUGGAACACAGUGCAAGAUUUUAGAGUGCCUCUUCUCUAGUGAGUGUAAAUCCAAAAUAAACGAAAGAGGGGGAUAGAAAAUGGUAGGAGUACAUGAAUGUGUGAGAAGAUUGACUUACAUACGAGAAUGUAGGUAAUGGGUCAGCCAAAAACCCUUUGAAAAAAGAGGGAUUUGAUGGGAGAGAAGAGGUACUAAAUGUUUAAGUUAUCUUAGAAGACUGAGAGACUGUCAGAUUGCAGAGGAUUCUAUAAGAAAGUGCUGUCAUUAGCGGGGAUGUAACUGGCAGACCAAGGGCUAAAAAGACUUGGUAAAACUGAAGAGUUUUAAUGGUAAAGAUGUGGAGCCUCUGCUGAUUUUGUUAUUUUUUUUAAGGAUGCCAGUAAAGAGAUUUGGGGAAUAUUGUGUAGAGUAGUCUUCAAUGUUGGUGAGGGGACUAAGUGUUGUGUAAAUUGUGGAAAAACUCCUCUCUGCGAAAGGUAUCUAGUUGGAGAGGGCAAGGGCACCUCACAGAGCUUUAGGUUUUGUAGCAAAAUAUGAUGUGUUAUUUCUAGCAAAAGCAGUCAGUGGAGUCAAGAAUAGAACUGGAAGGAAGGAAGGCAAGAUUGCACGAAUAAACAAUGCCCAUGAGUUUGGAGCAAAGGGGGGAAAGGAGCAAGCAGCUGGCAAUUAGACGUUGAGGUUGAGUCAAUGGAGGUUUCUAUUUUUAGAAAAUAGGAUGUUUAAACAUGGUAGAGAGACAGGUUAAUAAGGAGUGAUGGCACAAGAGGUGGAAUAGCAUCAAGGGGGCAUGUGGCAUGAUUGGGUGUGGACAGAUGGCAGUGGAGCAGAGCAUGUUAUGAAAAUGAAUAAAGGAUUUCCUUCUAAUAUGCUCAGUAGCAAUAUUGAUUAUAUGUGACUGCUUGCAGCUCUCUUUACUUUCCUUAUUCGUGAUUUCAAGUUCCAAUUUAAACUCAUUCAGUUACUUCACUAUUUACAGGGAUUUGGUGCAGAAAGAAAGAUUCGUCAAGCUGGUGUUAUCGACUAACUGGUCUCAAAGCAAAUAACUAUGUUGGAGCAAGUGGUGGGGUCUGGUGAAGGGUACUGAAUAUCCCCAUAUUCAUCCCUUCCAAAUUCUAAAGAGCUAUUACACCAGUUUUAACACCUUCCUCAUGUUAUGUUUAAAAAUAAAUUUAUGAAACAGUUUUAAAAUAUGCACAGUUGCAUCCUGGAGAACCUAAGGUGGCGCCUUAUAGUAUCACGUGUUAGAAGCUUUUUGAAUGGUGCAUUUAACGCAACUGGUAACUGCAAAUCUACUUUGCCUCUUUAAGUAAACAUUAUAGACAGUUCUACUCUGGUAGACCUUAUGAAAUUCUGCACUGAAAGGAUAUACAUAUAUCUAUCUAUCUAUAUAUUUCCUUAAUUCACAUCUUGCCAAGGUGUUACAAUGCCUUAGCUUUCAGUUGCUUUACUCUCUCUUAAGACAGGAGAGGUUAAGUUCCUGUUCAUUCUGCUCUAGUUUUGAGGACCAUAUGAGGAUGAAUAUACUAACUGUUUAUAUAGAAUCCUGUAUGAGCACUCAAACAAGUUCCUUAAGUUGAUGGCCAAAUGUUAAAAUGUUUUGUAUGUCUCAUUUAAACUAAAGUCCAUAUAGCAAGCAACGUUAUCUCCUAGAUCACAUUGAAAGUAUCUUCCAGAGUAGACUUGAUAGUUUUUGUAAUUAUCUUCAAUUAGCAUGCACAGUGCAGAAUUUCAUAAGGAUGAGGUGUGCCAUCAGUGUGAUAACUUAAAGAUAUUUAAAACAAUGCACAAAUUUGCUGCUGCUUAGAACACUGCAGCUUCUAAACCCAGUUUAUUUUACUGAAUAAAAAAUUUAAAAAGUUGUGCCUGAAGUGAAUACAUUUUUUUUUUUGCAGCCAGCACCCAGUGUACUGUAAAAGAAUACUUAGGCUUUCCAUAGCUGUAUUGAGACUUUCAUCAAGGUGAAAUAGUUGAUGUCUGUGUGCUUUUUUUUCUCUCCCUCCAGGCCCCUUCUCUCCCCUCCCCUCCCUUUCCUCAGCCACACUUUAUCAAGCGAGCAAACUAAAUGAUUGGUCUAAGUAUUACUUUAACCAAAAAGAUCAGGAGUUAUUUUCUUUGAAUAGAGGGCAGUACUGUGUUUUUUUCCCAUGUUACCUCUAUUCUCAAUUUAGGGUUUUUCUUCUCUGGGAGAUGCAUUAUCUUUGUAAAACAAACAUUGCUUUCUCCAAUUUUUCUGUUAAUGGCGAAGAAUGGAAAUAGAAUAAAGUUUUACUGAUUUUGAAAAACUGCC